CUAGCUCUCUCGUUCUCUUUCCAUGUCUUUCUCCCUUCUGUGUGUGAGGACUCUGUGACAGCUUUUCCUGCUGCUUGUAGCGAACGGCUGAAAGGGAGUGAACACGCGGCUGCUUGUAAUACAAACUCAAGCUGAGUCGAAUACGCAGCUGAGCAGUCAUUGGACAGGACUGUGAAGACUCUUCUCAGUUUGGCCUGCAACGUAUUGAUGCCAUCAGUUCUGGACUAAACUUUCCAAGAAGUCUGAAGAAGUGUGUGAUGCUGUAGGAGAACAAAUCUGAGAUUUCUAUGAGACGAAGACCCAAGAUAUUCUGAGGACACAAGGCUAUAACCAGAGUGAGAAACUUAAUCCAUCUAAAAAAAACAUGAAGAGGAUCUGAUUGCUUUAUAUGGUUAGAAAACACAGUACAAAGCCAGGAUGAAUGUGAAAAGGAAGGAAAUGGAUUUCUUGAGCAACACUAUUGCUGCAUAUGCUCACAUUAAAGCCAAUCCAGAGAGUUUUGGCCUUUACUUUGUCAUCGGCGUCUGUUUUGGCCUGGUGCUCACUCUCUGCCUCCUGGUCAUCAGGAUUUCCUGCAAGCCUCGGACCACUACAGCACCCCCCAUGCCAGAGAAAAAACAGCUGAAAGACUUUAGUGAGGAGGAGGAGGAAGACGAGGACAGCGAUGAUGAGGAAGAGGAAGAUGCAGGAGGCCUGGACUCCUCCAUCCGGCACAGCACCACAGAGAUCCCCAUGAGCAACCAUCUCAUCACGCCGGAUGGGACACUGAGCAGGAACGUGUUCACCUCAGCCGAGGAGCUGGAGCGGGCACAGCGAUUGGAGGAAAGGGAGAGGAUCAUCAGGGAAAUCUGGAGAAAUGGACAGCCGGACAUCCUGGGAACAGGGACAGGCACUAUUGGAAGAGUGCACUACUACUAACACUCCUGGACAUUUGACUGGCUGAGUGCAGUUCUUUGAAAAGCUGUUAAUAGGCAUUUUUUUAUGUAUUGAUGUUAUUGUAAUCUUACAGACCACGGGUACAACUGUUCUGUAUGCAACAUUUGGACCGGGCAAGUUGCUAUCAGUCCCUAAGUCAUGGUGCUUAUUGAAAAAUCAUUCUAAAGCACAAUCUUAGACUUUGACGUUUAAAAAGUAUUUGUAUAUUGUAGGUGAUUAUUAGAAGCUCACUGAAAGCAAAUGCACUUUUGCACCAUGCUAUUUGUGUGUAGAUUUUUUUCUCAAUAUUUUUGUACUUUUUUAAAGUCCUCUAUGUCAAAUCAUGCAGUAACUCUUAUAAAGCAACAUGGCAAUAUACACUGCUGUUCAAAAGUA